AUGGCCGAGUCGACUCAGCUCCAGCAGGCGCAACUCGCGACGAUUCUCGGCCCCGACCCGGCCCCUUUCGAAACCCUAAUCUCCCACCUGAUGGCCUCCGCCAACGAGCAGCGAUCCCAGGCCGAGCUCCUCUUCAACCUCUGCAAGCAGACCGAUCCUGACUCGCUCUCGCUCAAACUCGCUCACCUCCUCCAAUUCUCGCCGGCGCAGGAGGCCCGCGCCAUGUCCGCCAUCCUCCUCCGCAAGCAGCUCACCCGCGACGACACCUAUCUCUGGCCGCGGCUCUCCCCGAACACUCAGUCCACCCUCAAAUCGAUUCUCCUGUCGUGUAUCCAACGCGAGGAGGUCAAAUCCAUCUCCAAGAAGCUCUGCGACACCAUCUCCGAGCUCGCCUCCGGAAUCCUGCCGGAGAACGGCUGGCCGGAGCUCCUCCCGUUCAUGUUCCAAUGCGUCUCCUCCGAUUCCCCGAAGCUUCAGGAGUCGGCGUUCCUGAUAUUCGCGCAGCUCUCGCAGUACAUCGGCGACUCGCUGGUCCCUUACAUAAAGGAAUUGCACACCGUGUUCCUGCAGUGCUUGAGCUCCUCCACCAACUCCGACGUCAAGAUCGCCGCGUUGAACGCCGUGAUUAAUUUCAUUCAGUGUUUGACCAGCUCCGGAGAUAGGGACAGGUUCCAGGACCUGUUGCCGGCGAUGAUGAGGACUCUGAUGGAGUCGUUGAACAACGGGAACGAGGCCACGGCGCAGGAGGCGCUUGAGUUGUUCAUCGAAUUGGCUGGGACUGAGCCCAGGUUCCUCAGGAGGCAGAUUGUGGAGGUCGUUGGGUCUAUGCUGCAGAUUGCCGAAGCUGAUUCCUUGGAAGAAGGGACCAGGCACUUGGCCAUAGAGUUUGUAAUCACUCUGGCCGAGGCCAGGGAGCGAGCCCCGGGGAUGAUGAGGAAGUUGCCGCAGUUUAUUAGUAGGUUGUUUGCCAUUUUGAUGAAUAUGGUUUUGGAUAUUGAGGAUGAUCCGUCGUGGCAUACGGCCGAGACUGAAGAUGAGGAUGCUGGUGAGAGUGGCAAUUACAGUGUUGGUCAGGAGUGUUUGGAUAGGCUUGCCAUUUCCUUGGGUGGGAAUACAAUUGUUCCCGUCGCAUCCGAGCAGUUGCCUGCCUAUUUGGCUGCCCCCGAGUGGCAGAAGCACCACGCCGCAUUGAUUGCCCUUGCACAGAUUGCUGAGGGUUGUUCUAAGGUAAUGAUAAAAAAUUUGGAGCAAGUGGUGGCAAUGGUGUUGAACUCUUUUCAAGAUCCUCAUCCUCGUGUAAGGUGGGCAGCUAUUAAUGCGAUUGGGCAGUUAUCUACUGAUCUGGGCCCAGACCUGCAAGUUCAAUAUCAUCAACGGGUGCUUCCAGCGUUAGCUUCCGCCAUGGAUGAUUUUCAGAAUCCUCGUGUGCAGGCACAUGCUGCUUCAGCAGUGCUCAACUUCAGUGAGAACUGUACACCGGAUAUUUUGACACCUUAUUUGGAUGGCAUAGUGAGCAAAUUGCUUGUACUUCUGCAGAAUGGGAAACAAAUGGUGCAAGAGGGGGCAUUAACUGCUUUGGCAUCUGUUGCUGAUUCAUCUCAGGAGCAUUUCCAAAAAUACUACGAUGCUGUUAUGCCUUACCUGAAAGCUAUCUUGGUGAAUGCAACUGAUAAAUCUAAUCGCAUGCUUCGGGCUAAAUCCAUGGAAUGUAUUAGUUUGGUUGGUAUGGCUGUUGGAAAGGAAAAAUUCAGGGAUGACGCUAAGCAGGUCAUGGAGGUGCUGAUGUCAUUGCAAGGGUCUCAAAUGGAGACAGAUGACCCGACUACAAGUUACAUGCUACAAGCCUGGGCUCGACUCUGCAAAUGUUUAGGACAAGAUUUUCUCCCAUACAUGAGUGUUGUAAUGCCUCCUUUGCUUCAGUCUGCUCAACUUAAGCCAGAUGUAACUAUUACCUCCGCAGAUGACAAUAGUGAUAUUGAUGACUCUGAUGAUGAUAGUAUGGAAACAAUUACUCUUGGAGAUAAAAGGAUUGGAAUCAAGACUAGUGUAUUGGAGGAAAAAGCUACAGCUUGCAAUAUGCUGUGUUGCUAUGCAGAUGAAUUGAAAGAAGGUUUCUUUCCUUGGAUUGAUCAGGUUGCCCCAACUUUAGUGCCGCUUCUUAAAUUUUAUUUCCAUGAAGAAGUGAGGAAGGCAGCUGUUUCAGCAAUGCCGGAGCUACUGCUUUCUGCAAAGUUAGCUAUAGAGAAAGGGCUAGCUCAAGGUCGUAAUGAAACCUAUAUAAAGCAAUUGUCUGACUACAUCGUUCCAGCUCUGGUGGAAGCAUUGCAUAAGGAACCUGAUACAGAAAUCUGUGCAAAUAUUUUGGAUGCGAUAAACGAAUGCAUACAGAUAUCUGGACCACUUUUAGAUGAGAGCCAGGUCAGAUCCAUUGUGGAGGAGAUAAAGCAGGUGAUCACUGCCAGUUCAAGUAGGAAAAGAGAGAGAGCGGAACGAACUCAAGCAGAAGAUUUUGAUGAUGAGGAAAGGGAACUGAUUAAAGAGGAAAAUGAACAAGAGGAAGAAGUUUUUGAUCAAGUGGGAGAAAUUUUGGGAACUUUGAUUAAAACGUUCAAAGCCUCUUUCUUGCCUUUCUUUGAUGAGCUAGCAACAUAUCUAACACCUAUGUGGGGCAAAGAUAAAACACCUGAAGAGAGAAGGAUUGCAAUAUGCAUCUUUGAUGAUGUUGCAGAGCAAUGUCGUGAAGCUGCUCUGAAAUAUUAUGACACAUUUCUUCCCUUUCUAUUGGAGGCUUGUAAUGAUGAGAGCCCUGAUGUUCGACAGGCAGCUGUAUAUGGACUUGGUGUUUGUGCAGAGUUUGGUGGAACUGUAAUUAAACCUCUUAUAAGCGUGGCUCUUUCAAGGCUAAAUGUUGUGAUUCAGCAUCCCAAUGCCCAGCAACCUGACAACAUAAUGGCAUAUGAUAAUGCGGUUUCUGCUUUAGGGAAGAUUUGUCAAUAUCACCGUGACAGUAUUGAUGCAGCUCAGGUUAUCCCUGCGUGGCUGAACUGUUUACCGAUAAAAGGUGACUUGAUUGAAGCCAAAGUUGUUCAUGAUCAGCUUUGCUCUAUGGUUGAGAGGUCUGACGGUGAUAUUUUGGGUCCCAACAAUCAGUAUCUAUCCAAAAUUGUUCAAGUGUUUGCAGAGGUUUUAUGCGCUGGUAAGGAGUUGGCAACCGAACAAACAGCAAGCCGGAUGAUAAAUCUAUUAAAACAGCUUCAGCAGACUUUACCACCGCAAACCUUGGCCUCAACUUGGUCUUCCCUGCAACCCCAGCAACAGCUUGCACUGCAGUCUAUCCUUUCCUCAUAGUAUCUUGGCGUGGAGUAGUCAUAUUACUUCUUUCAGAUACACCGUAUCUGACAUGUGUGUUACUUGUAUUUGCCUCCAAUUCUUUUCCAUGAGAUUGUCGUCAUCAGUCAGUUUUGCAUGGAGUGUUACAGUGACCCAGCAUUUGAUGAAGUGUGAAAGGGGUCAUCAUUACAAUUUCAUCAAGCCUUUUUUGGUAGGAUGUGUAUACCCAAGUGUCAAUUUAUAGUGCAAUUUUGAGUCUAAAAGAAAAGAAGGAUAGGUGAUUGUGGUAUGUGAGUCUUUUCUUUUCUCAGUACCUUUGGUUGGUGCCUGAGUUUAGAGGGUUUGUUGGUGAGGAUUCUAGUAGCAGUUUUGGUCUCGUUGUGUUUUUGAUGUUUUCUGCGCAUACAUUUGUCGACUGGAUUAUUAUUAAUGGUGAUUCUUGAUAUUUGCAAUUUUGAUCCCAAGGAAAUAAAAUGGCUUAUAGUGUUUCGG